AGAAAGUAAUGAUAAUAACAAAUCAGACAGUAUUAUCGAUGUUGCAAAUAUUGGAAGUCCCAAAAAUAUUUCGAAAAACCGGACUCGAAAUGGAUCAAGCACGGAAAUGGCUGUCGAUCAAUUGCAGGCGAGUGAGAAGUUGAUUGCUGAAUUGAAUGAAACUUGGGAAGAAAAGCUCAAACGUACAGAGCAAAUAAGAGUACAGCGCGAAGCUGUUUUUGCUGAAAUGGGUGUAGCAGUAAAAGAAGAUGGAAUUACAGUUGGCGUAUUUUCACCAAAGAAAACACCACAUCUAGUUAACUUGAACGAGGACCCAAAUUUAUCAGAGUGUUUGUUGUAUUAUAUAAAGGAUGGGUUGACACGUUUGGGAACUUCAGAGGCUAAUGUGCCACAGGACAUACAACUAUCUGGUUCUCAUAUUCUCAAAGAACAUUGUACUUUUGAGAACCGGUCUGAUAUUGUGACAUUAAUACCACAUAAAGAUGCUCUUGUAUAUUUAAAUGGCCGAAAGCUUAUUGAGCCAGAAAUAUUGACGACAGGAUCUCGUGUCAUACUUGGAAAAAACCAUGUAUUUCGAUUUACACAUCCUGAACAAGCAAGGGAAAUCCGUGAAAAAGCAGUAAAUGAAAUUCCAGAGUGUGGAAAUGAAACAGUUGAUUGGAAUUUCGCCCAAUGCGAAUUAUUGGAAAAACAAGGAAUUGAUUUGAAAGCUGAAAUGCAGAAACGAUUGUUAGCACUCGAAGAACAAUUCAAAAGAGAAAAACUACAAGCAGAUCAAGAAUUCGAAGAGCAAAGAAAG